AUGCAGCAGCGUGGGCGCUCGCCGUCUGCGGGCCAGCGCAUCCAUAUAAGGCAAACACCCUCGCCGUCACCCCAUGCGCCCUUCCACAGUAACGUGUCUGGCCUCGGCUUCGAUCAAUCGCAGCAGCUCAACCUCGACCCCUCCAGCUUCGCCGUCAGCAACGCUCAGCUCAGUAACGCCCAGUACCUUUCCACCCUGCAGCCGCAGCCCUUCUCGCAGCAGCAGGUCCUCUCCGACCAAAGCUUCAUCCAGUCCAAUCCAGCCCUGUCGCAGCACAACACGCCACAUUUCGGGCCGCAAGGCAACAGCCUCACCCCCGAUCCCCUCGACAUCACCAAUCCCGGCCCCGCCGACUUUAGCAACUUCUUCGCCGGCAACGACCUGAACCAGCCUCAGGCGAUCAGUCCCUUGCAGUACGGCAACUCGCUAGAUCCCCACCUGCUCGAGAGCCAGCCGUCGCAGCAGCAGAACCUUGGGAUCAAUCCCAACGACUUGAUGGCCCAGAUGGCUACCUCACAACCCCACGCGCCCACACCACCCCACCUGCUGCCAAACAACAUGAACAACCAGCGCAGCCCUAGCCCGCAUGCAUCGCCGCACCAGAACCAGGGCGCAUUCUCUCCCCCCAGCCACUCUCGACAUGCUUCGCUGGGCCAGUCGACCCUCGAUCCCAGCGCAGCAUAUGGUCAGGGUACCGAGUGGGCGAACAUGGCGAACUUUAGAGGACACAGGCGGACACCCAGCGAGUCUGCGUACUCGGACAUCUCCUCAGCACAUGCCUCGCCAUUCCUGGUCACACACGAUAGCUUCGAGGACAAUCAGCCAUCGCCGCACCUGGGCGCUCAGAAUGACCCUCAGCUUUUCCAGAACCCCAUCUCGAACUUUGAGCAGUUUAACUUGAGCGAUGGCUCACAUAUCAGCCCAGGGCACAGCCCUGCUAUGUCCCCGCGCUUAGUUCCACAGCAGCAGUCGCUCCCGCAGUUCAUGCCGGGGAGCUUUGGCAUUGAAUCGAACAUGAACAACCCAUUUGCACAGCAGCAGGGGAUGGGCACCUACCCGCAGGGCACAGAGGCAUUUCCAUUGCUUAACAAUGACUUUGGUCAAGCUGACAUCAUGUCUCCUCCCGAGAUCAACAUUGACUUUGCCCCGCCAUCACGGCAAGCAAGCUUCGAGCCACCCAAGCCAGGGUCUACUGCUGAUGCUUUGACCGAUACUCUGAGCCCGCCAGAUCGAUCAAGAAGUCGUAACAGGACUCGCGCCAAGUCUGAUCCGUUCAGCAGCGUAAGCUCGCGUGCCUCCACACCUGGACUCGAUGGGAAUCGAUCCUUGUCUCCCAAUGCUGCAAAGUCGCGCUCACCCUCACCGUCCGGCAAGUCUUCUCGACGCUCCUCCACCUCAAGUGUACCCAAUCGCGACUACAUUCUCGACCUUGCCGACCCCUCGAGACCAUCCAUUCCUGGCGAAGGCGGAGGUCCCAAGCGUACGCAGAAGCACCCAGCGACUUUCCAGUGUAGUUUGUGCCCUAAGCGAUUCACACGUGCCUACAACCUGCGCUCGCAUCUGCGCACUCACACUGACGAGCGUCCGUUCGUGUGCAGUGUCUGCGGCAAAGCAUUUGCUCGCCAGCACGACAGGAAACGACAUGAGGGCCUUCAUUCCGGUGAGAAGAAGUUUGUUUGCCGCGGUAAUCUCAAAGACAAUGGCCACUGGGGUUGCGGCAGGCGAUUUGCUCGUGCAGACGCUCUGGGUCGUCACUUUAGGUCCGAGGCUGGCCGCGUGUGCAUUCGACCCUUGCUCGAGGAAGAGGCACAAGAAAAGGGCAGUUGGGACAGUCAGCAACAGCAGAUGACUAAUGGCAACGGCAUAUUCAACCCCGUUCCGCAGAACUUUGGCGGCAUGAUGCAGACACAGCCUGGCUAUGAGAACUUCCCUCAGAUGACACAGGCACCGCAGCCGUUCCUGCCUGCCGCCCUACUCGCCCAAUACCCAGCUCUUGCGACCAUGGACUGGAACUCCAUGCCGCUCAACGGACCAGACGAAGCUGACGAGAUCAGCGGUCGCAGUAGCUUCGACGCUAGCAGCGGAGGAGAGUACUACGAAGACGAGAGCGACAACUACCAGCAAGGCCAACAACCCGUCUUUGCAGGUGGCAACAGCGGUUGGGUGAGCGACAGCUACGACGGACGGGGCUAG